AUGAUUUCUGCCACUCUUCUACUCGGCGCCUUGGCGUGCGCUGUCGUGGCUAGCCCUAUCGUCAAUGAUCACGCUUUUUGCACCUUUACGGAUGCUGCCACUGCAAUCAAGAACAAGGCCAGCUGCUCCACCAUCACCCUCAGCAACAUCGCGGUUCCCGCUGGCACAACCUUGGACCUCACUGGUCUCAAGACCGGCACUCAUGUUAUUUUCUCGGGGAAGACGACAUUCGGUUACAAGGAGUGGGAAGGCCCUCUCAUCUCUUUCACCGGCACCAACCUGUUGAUCGAGGGGGCUUCUGGACACUCAAUUGACUGCCAGGGACAGAGGUGGUGGGACGGCAAGGGCAGCAACGGUGGCAAGACCAAGCCCAAGUUCUUCAGCGCCCACAAGCUCAUCAAUUCCAACAUUAAGAACUUGAAUGUUCUCAAUACACCUGUUCAGGCUUUCAGCAUCAACGCCGCCACCAACCUAGGUGUUUAUGGCGUAACCAUGGACAACUCUCUCGGCGAUUCCGAGGGUGGCCAUAACACCGACGCCUUCGAUGUCGGAUCUUCCACCGGUGUCUAUAUUUCCGGUGCUAUCGUGAAGAAUCAAGACGAUUGCCUUGCCAUCAACUCCGGUACCAACAUUACAUUCACUGGUGGCAACUGCAGUGGUGGCCACGGCUUGUCCAUCGGAUCCGUGGGCGGUCGCUCCGACAACACCGUCAAGACCGUCCGGAUCCUCAACUCCAAGAUCUCCAACUCCGACAACGGUGUUCGCAUCAAGACUGUAUCAGGCGCAACAGGUUCAGUCUCCGACGUCAAGUAUGACAACAUUGCUCUCUCAAACAUUGCUAAGUAUGGCAUUGUUAUUGAGCAAGACUAUGAAAAUGGCUCCCCAACUGGCACACCGACCAGCGGUGUCCCCAUUACCGAUCUUACCAUCAACAAGGUCACUGGUACUGUCAAGUCCGGUGGAGUCAACGUCUACAUUCUUUGCGCGAAUGCCAAGAACUGGACCUGGACCAACAACAAGGUCACUGGUGGCACCAAGACGAAGACCUGCAAAGGAAUCCCUAGUGGUAGCGGUGCCACUUGUUCAUGA